AUGCAAGCCAUUGAUAUCAACACCAAGAAAACGGAUGGAAAGCCUAACAACGUCCUUUUACCUUCCCCACCUUCUUCUCCCAUCGAAAGCCUCAAUUCCAGAAAACGUGCAUUUUCUAUCUCAUUCAUCCAGAAUGAAUCUACACCACCACAACCAUCAAAAAAAUCCAAAUUCGAUAUCGGUUGUUUGAAUAAUUAUCUUAAAAAGGGAUCACCCAACACCUGUGAUGAACAAUUCAAACGUUCACUUUUAAGCUGGGCCUGUAUUGGAAAAUCAAAAGAAGCCGUACAAGACCUGUUAAAACUGGUUCAUUUGGAUAUUAAUAUGAAGUCAGGUCCUCAUCAAACAACAGCACUCCAUGAAGCUUGCUUACAUGGUUUCCACCAAGGUUUAGAAUUAUUGGUCAAGCAUGCUGACAUUGAUCUGAACGCUACAGACAAUCAAGGUCAGACUGCCAUUCAUUGUGCAACCCAAGCAAAUAAAAUAGAUUGCCUGAAAAUUUUAUUAUCAGCUGGUGCUCGUAUCGAUUUAUUUUCAACUGGAGGUAGACUUCCCAUUCACAUUGCUAUCCAGCAUGGAUUUCAUCAUGGUGUAUCUUUGCUCCUGUCCAAAUCAAAAAUACACGAUAAUAAUCCCACAGAGACAGACAUGCUUUGGAAAUCGAAUUUGGUGGAUGGUCGCUCCUCCAUUCAAAGUGCUAUCGUAUCUGGUUACAUCAACACACUGCAAUUACUUUUGGACAAUGACUCCAUCACGGCAAAGCAUCAAACCACCAAGGGUCUUGUGCAAUUAGCAGUGGAUUGGAAUCGCAUUGAAUGUUUACAAUUGUUGAUCAAACGUGGAUGUAUCAUUGAUGAAUCGAGCCUAUUAACUGCUGUACAGCAAAGAAAAAUAGACAUGGUGCGUGAAUUGUCUACAGCAGGGGCUAAUCCUUGCUUGGCGAACGGUCAAAAUCCCUCGUUUCUUUAUGCCGCCAAUCAUGGCUUUAUAGAUAUGGUGCCUUUAGUAAUAACUCCAUCUACAUCCAAGGACUGUAUUCAUCAGGCUCUCUUAUUGGCUUCCUGUUUAGGUCUCCGUGAUAAACUAGCAACAGCCGUCAUUCAUACUUUAAAAUCAAUCACAAAAUAA